AUGAAAAUCCUUUGUCUCCAUGGAAAAGGCACAAGUGGCGCCAUUUUCCGAUCGCAGACCUCAUCGUUCCGGGCCAGAUUAGCGGAUCAAAACAUCGAAUUCGAUUUCUUAGACGGCCCAUUCGAAUGCAGUGCCGCUGCCGGCGUGGACUUAUUCUAUGAGCCGCCUUACUUUUCCUGGUGGAAGAAUGACACUGUUGACGAUGUCCGGGCUGCGGUCGCUCGGAUGAAUGAAUAUAUUGAAGAGAAUGGCCCUUACGACGCGGCGAUGAUGUUUUCGCAGGGUUGUGUCCUCGGCUCUGCAGCACUACUACUCCAUCAAGAAGAAACGCCCCAUCUACCAGCCCUUUUCAAGACAGCUAUAUUCAUUUGUGGUGGGCCUUCUAUGCCUAUCCUCGAGGAACUUGGGUUCCAUAUUUCUGCAACAGCGCGCGAGCGCGACGGGGUGUCUAGGGAUGCAUUGAUGCAACAGUCGGGCAAUUCCGCGAUUCUUACCCAGGGCGCUAAUCGUUGGACGGGACUGGAGUCUCUGAAUGACGGUCUCUCGGAAGACCAGUUGCGGAAGGAAAUCGAAUGCCCCUUCCGUAUUGACAUUCCUACGGUACACAUAUACGGUUCUAAGGACCCACGGUAUGCGUCUGGAUUACAUUUGUCUGCGAUUUGUGUGCCCGAGAGAAGAAAGACAUACAAUCAUGAAGGAGGCCAUGAUAUUCCCCGGGGCACGCAAGUCAGUGACAACAUUGCGGAGCUUGUUAAGUGGGCUUUGGCGGAAUGA